UCUGUAUACACAAUCUACUUCGCGGAAAAGGGGGGUGCCGAACGCUUUCCUGAUACCCCCGCAAGGGGUACCCCCUCCACCAAGGCCUUUAAAACAUCGUAUCUGCUGUGGCAAUGGAGCCGCGGGUGUUGUGUCUAUUCGUCCUGACGUUCACUGGCUGUUGGGCGGCGGCCGCGCCACGACUACUGGAGCAACUCGGAGACAUGAUAGUCAGGCUGACCGGACGGGAGCCGUGGGCCUACUGGGACUACGGGUGCUGGUGCGGGCCCGGCGGACAGGGGGCGCCCGUGGACGGGACAGACUUUUGCUGCCGUACACAUGACCACUGUUAUGACGCCCUGGACCUCCCGCCCUGCAAAUGGGGAGACGCGGAGACAUACCUCGUCCCCUAUCAGUUCAACAUACAGGGCAGAAACGUCACCUGUCUGGACGAGUCCGGCUCCUGUAAGCGGUCCCUGUGUGAGUGUGACAAGGGUCUGGCCACCUGUCUGUCCAGGAGUACUUACGUACCCGCACACAACCACAUGAACCAGGAUGUCUGCAAAGACAGUGCGGAAUCUCAGAAUACGGAAAAGGCUGCGGAUACGAAGAAAGCAGUUAGCUGGAAGGACUGGAUUCAUCAGUUGCUUUCGGGCUCUUCUUGAACGAUCCCAUGAAGCCUAGCGGGUGUUAGGACGUGACGUCAUAACCGCCAUAUUGGAUGGUUAACCUGAUAAGUCAAACGUGGCGUUUGUACACGUGACGUCACAGCCAGCGCUUACGUAACAACAAAUUAAACAUUAAAACUUUCGGGAAGUACAUAUAGUUUCCUUUAAUGAAUUACAUCAUAAAAUGCAUAAUAUAUCAUUAUUACUAGUAUCAUUUUGUGAUGGUCACGUGACAGCAAACACACUAUGAAAUAUGUCAACAGUAUUAAGUUUAGCAAUUCAAUGUAAUUAGAUGUAUGAUGACUACCUCAUUGAAAUCAUAAAUCAUAUAUUGUAUACACGUUGAUACGUCUUGUGAUUUUAUGUCUUCAUUUAGCA